GAUUGUUGCGCUGGAAAGCACAGCACACGUGAAACUGGAGCCCAGCGGCAGGUUUGCAGGACUCUCGCCGGAUCUGAAGAAGUAGAAGAAAAGUAUCGUGCGGUUCAAGCACACAUCCUGACGGGUCAAGCAAAGAGGUGUCGAGCUGGUAACACCCACCACGCUUCCCAGGCUCAGUCAUCAGGGGUUCAGUCUCUUCAGGAGGAACCUGCUCCAAAUCACCAACACAAUCCCAGUCGAGGCAAAGCGUGGGUCGCAAAGAGGGACCAUGAGAUCCGGGUAGUUUUUCCUCGCAGUGUUUGCCCUGCCAGACACGAACAUCCCAGAAUUUGGAAAGGUUCUUCUGACUACAGGAAGUCUGUGACGGGUAAAUUGCAUUAGUUAGUCAGAAGGUUCUAGUGGAAGCAAAUAUUUCUAAACCUAUAUUCAAGUAGUCUAUCCGUUAAACUGUCGAAUUGCUCAAAAACUAAAAGCGGCUGAAAAGGAAGCGAUCAGAAACUCCUCACAGGACAUGCUCUAUCAUCUCAACGGAUUACCGACAGCUCAGUCCUCUUAAACCGGAUGCACAAAAGGAAUUAAAUCACUCAAAUUGCUUCCUCGUUGGAUAAGAUCACAUUUUGCACUUAACAUCAUCAGAAGCUUCAUAUGCUGAUGGCUCAACGGUACGAAGACCUUGCCCACUAUGGUGGCGGUAUGGAUGGAGUUGGGGUCCCGACGUCCAUGUACGGGGAUCCGCACGCGCCUCGGCCCCUGCCGCAGGUUCAUCAUUUGAACCACGGGCCACCGCCACAUGCCAACCAGCACUACGGGGCCCACGCACCGCACAGCAUCAUGCCCAGCAGCAUGGGCUCGGCUGUCAACGACGCACUUAAACGAGACAAGGACCAAAUUUAUGGGCACCCGUUAUUCCCGCUUCUGGCGCUGGUGUUUGAGAAGUGCGAGCUGGCCACAUGCACACCGAGAGAGCCUGGAGUCGCUGGAGGAGAUGUGUGCUCGUCAGAUUCAUUUAACGAGGACAUCGCUGUGUUUGCCAAACAGAUUCGGGCAGAGAAGCCGUUAUUUUCUUCUAAUCCAGAGUUGGAUAAUUUGAUGAUACAGUCAAUACAAGUAUUACGAUUCCAUCUUUUAGAACUUGAAAAGGUGCACGAGCUUUGCGACAACUUCUGCCAUCGGUAUAUUAGCUGUUUGAAGGGCAAAAUGCCCAUUGACCUGGUAAUUGAUGAUCGGGAUGGAUGCAAGUCCGACUUCGACGACCUCUCAGGAUCCUCGACAAAUCUCGCAGAUCACAAUCCAGCAUCCUGGAGAGACAUGGAUGACGCUCACUCUACUCCCUCAGUCGGCACCCCAGGACCCUCCAGCGGGGGACAUGCCUCUCAGAGCGGAGACAACUGCAGUGAACUAGGAGAUGGCUUGGAUAACAGCUUGGCAUCUCCGGGAACAGGGGACGAGGACGACCAAGACAAGAAACGGCAGAAGAAGAGAAAAAUAUUAAUCUUCCCCAAAGUGGCGACCAACAUCAUGCGGGCAUGGCUCUUCCAGCAUCUCACGCACCCCUACCCUUCUGAAGAGCAGAAGAAGCAGCUAGCGCAGGAUACAGGCCUCACCAUCUUACAAGUGAAUAACUGGUUUAUCAAUGCUCGAAGAAGAAUCGUGCAGCCCAUGAUUGAUCAGUCUAACAGAGCAGGUAAAGCGAUGGCUUAUUUUAUACCAUCUUUACAAUCACUAUAUACACAAUUUGAGCAUAUAUCACAUAUAAGUUGUGUUUUUGUGUGUUUAGUAAGUCAAGGAAGCGCUUACAGCCCUGAUGGUCAGCCUAUGGGCGGCUUUGUGCUUGACGGCCAACAACACAUGGGUCUCCGGCCUGGCGGUCCCAUGGGAGGAAUGGGUAUGAACAUGGGUAUGGAUGGACAGUGGCACUACAUGUAAAUGCCUCCCCGCUUCCCAAACCAUAAACGUUUUGAUGGUGGCCUCAGGAAUAGUCCCAGUGCUGGCCAGAGGCAUGAGGAGUCACGUCACAUUCAUCUUCACCUGAUCACAUCCCUGUCCGAUCACCUCCUGUCUUCACGCCACCUCCCAAAUCUCUCACGGACCCCUCAUCAUCUGACCAUCAUAUCUCCAGCCAAAGGACUGUCUGCAGGAGCACCAACAUUACAAAAACAGACUUGAAGCAUUUGUGCCAAAAGAGAGACUUCUGAAAAGACAAUUGGAGAUCUUUUCUUUUUAAAUUAUUUAUUUAUUCUUGUUAUAUCGUCAAGAAGCACGGGGACCACACCAUAUGUGAACUUUUGCUCAACCACAGAGUGGCCGCCCCAGACGCAAAUAUUCCAUACCUCCUCAUGCACAAGUGCACACGCUCAUAUUAAAUGCAUUUAAAUGUGGAAUCAAGUAAAAGAUGCUAAAAGCCCUCAAGAACUGAAAUGUGAGUGUAUGAUUUUUGUUUUGUUUUGUUUAUUUGGGAAAUAUUCUGUUUGGGUUUGUGUCAUUGAUAGUUUUUAGACCUUUGCAUUUAUGAUUCUACAAAGAUUGAAGGAAAUUAAACCCCUUGAUGGGAUCAUUAUGGCGCACAUCUGACACAAAUUCCAGUAUGUGAAACCACAAAGUCUUCCCCACAUGAGAUGUUUUGAAAAGCAUAGCUUAGGAAAUGAGUUGUGCGUUUAUUUGUCGAUUUGGAGAGGCUAAAUAUGCCUGGAGGAGUUUUUAAACCACUAGAGAAGUUCCAUUGUACAUAAUUAUGUAAAUGUUAUUUGUAAAACACAUCAAUGUCAAACAGGCAUUCAGUCGAGAUCCUUUAAAAAUGGAGGUGGGAUAUUGUUGUACGUUUUGGUCCGUUCUCACUCUUGCUUUUCUCGAUGGAAAAAGUCGAUUAUAUGUUUGUUGAUGUACUGAUAAGCUUGAUCGAUUCUCCCGCUCUGUCCAUUUUCCUUUUAGGAGUCUUUUAAAGCAGUAUAGUAUUUCUACACAGUCAAAAGUCGAAUUCUUGUAAUAAAUGCUUCAUUUUCAAAAUGUUAAA